AUGAAGAGCGCAGUGUUGUCGAGUCUUGGCCAUCGCGGUCCCAGUCCUUUUCGCAACUCCUCCUUCCUCCUGCCCCGCCACACGACGCUUCAACAGCCUGGCAUCGCAUCCAUCACCAGUCGAGUACGAUUACGGAACGGACAGCAGCAGCAUCAACAACGACGGCAUGCUUCCAACCAAGCUAGAAGGCCCAAGACGGCCUUAUUCUUCCCAGGCCAAGGCGUCCAGAAGGUCGGCAUGAUCGACCCCUGGCUCGAGGCCUUCCCGCGCACCGCCGCCCCCAUCAUCGACGAGAUCGACUCGGUCCUGGGCUACUCGCUGACGCGCAUCAUCCGCGAGGGGCCCAACUCGCUUCUCUCCGCGACUCCCCACGCGCAGCCCGCCAUCAUGGCCACCUCGGUUCUCAUCCUGCGCAUCCUUGAGGUCGAGUUCUGCUUCGACGUCGCCGACCGCAUCGACAUCACCCUGGGCCACAGCCUCGGCGAGUUCGCCGCCCUGGUCGCCGGCGGCUACCUCGCCUUCGAGGACAGCUUGCACCUGGUACAGAAGCGUGCCGAGGUCAUGGCCGCUGCCACUGCUGCUGCGCGCGCCGAAUAUGGCGGCGAGUAUGGCAUGGUCGCUAUUGUUACUGAGCCCGAGUACCUGCCGCAGCUCAUCGACGCUGUCGACAAUUUCGUCGCCUACCCCAGCAGCGAUAAGUCUGAUAGCGGCGCCGACAGCGAUGUCCCGCCCAUCGAGCAGGUGCUCAUAGCGAACAUCAACAGCAAGAAUCAGAUCGUCCUAAGUGGCAACAUGGCCAAGAUAAAGACUCUCGUUGCCCACCUGCGCCAGUACCUGGGCCACGACCCGCGCGCCGUGCGUCUCAACAGCGACUCGCCCUUCCACAGCCCACUAAUGAAGCCCGCCGUCGCCACCAUGCGCAGCCUGCUCUCAGGCAAGAGCCGUGCGCCCGGCCGCUCGGGCGACGACAUCGUCACCUUCCCGGGCAAGGUCAAGUGCAUUAGCAACGUGUCGGCGCGGCCGUUUGGCUCCAAGGCCGAGCUCAAGGACCUGCUGGCGCGCUCGUGCCUCGAGACCGUGCGCUGGUGGGACAGCAUCCGCUACGUCGACCAGCAGGAGAAGGUCAGGCGGUGGAUCGGCAUCGGGCCGGGCAAGGUCGGCCGCAACCUUGUCGGCAAGGAGGUCGGCAUGCGCGGCACCGAUGCCGUCAAGGGCGGCGGCGUCUGGGCCAUCACGGAUCCAUCCGAUAUACACAGUAUGCUGAGGGGCUUGGAAGAUACAGAUCCGAUGUUGGAAGAGGAAGAAAGGAUCAUCGGCGAUGAGCCUUGA